AUGCUUGCCGCUGCGUACUAUGCCACUCCGAAGCAUUUGCGUCCCGAUUUCUCGAAGAAGGUCAAGCAAGAGCAGACACCAAAGGAGGAACCGGUGCAAGAGGAACAACCAGCUGAAGAACCUGUACAGGAAGAACAACCCGUUGAUGUUUCAUCAGAAGAGCCAUCCUCUUCUGAGGAAUCCACUACAGAGACUGCUGAACAGUUGGCUGAAACGGAGGAAGAGGUCAAUAAAGAGGGUGCAUACAAUCCAGAGACCGGUGAGAUUAACUGGGACUGUCCAUGUCUUGGCGGGAUGGCCCAUGGUACCUGCGGUGAGGAGUUUAAAGAGGCGUUUGCAUGCUUUGUGUACUCUGACGCAGACCCUAAGGGCAUAGACUGUGUGGAAAAGUUCCAACACAUGCAGGACUGCUUUAGAGCUCACCCUGAAGAAUACGCAGAGCAAUUAAAGGACGAGGAGGAGGCGACCGCUGCUGCAGAGGCCGUGGGGGCCGCAGAGACCCCAGGGGAAGGUGAUGGCUCCCGCGAGGAUUCCACGGAAUCCUUCGAGGUUGUAGCGGCUCCCGACAAGUCCCCAGAGACUGAUGCCGAACCGGUGUUCCAAGAGACGGACGAUAUACUCUCAUCCUCGGACGAAUCAACGCCGGACGCUGAGCUACAAACUCCAACGGAGGAACUGGAUCCAAUGGAGGAGGUCGAAUUGACCGAGAGUAGCUGA